AUGGAAGGAGUGUCUUCAGCAGCCAUUGAAGUUCUUCUCCAAAACCUCAUCAACCUUUUCAAGGAUGAGUACUCUCUGCUUCGAGGUCUCGAUGGAGAUGCACAGCAGCUGCAGAGGACUCUGGGGAUGAUUCAAGCCUACUUGAAUGAUGCUGAGAAGAAAUCUAUCACCCAAGAUGCUGUCAAGAUAUGGUUGAGGGAGCUUGAAGCCAUGGCUUUCGAUGCAGACAAUGUCCUGGAUGAACUCAACUAUCAUCUUCUCCACAAAAAAGUACAGAAGAUGAAAUCAUCCAAGGAUAAGGUACUCUCAUGCUUCUCAUCCUUUAAUGGAAUUUCACGUCGGCGUGAUAUGGCUUACACAAUCAAACAAAUCAAUGCUACUUUUGAGUGUAUGAACAAAAGGGCAACAGAGCUUGGCAUUCAAAGCAUGGUUCUGAAUGCACCUGCUGCUGCUGCUCAUACUUCCACUGAGACGGAUUCGUUCAGUCUUGAUCCAAUUUUUAUUGGAAGAGAUGAUGAUGUGCCUAAACUAGUUCACAUGCUCACCGAGGUCCAGGAUGAUCGGAUCUUUUCCAUGGUCGCCCUUGUCGGAAUGGGGGCUCGAUUCGGAUCACUUAUUUGGGUUCAUGUUUCCCAAAAUUUUGAUCCAAUCAGUCUUUUAAAAAUUCUUUCAGCAUUGGUUUCAGAUAUUGGUGAUGGAGGUGAGAACAGAGAACUUAUGUUGAAAAAGCUUCAAGAAUCUCUCAAGGGUAAAACCUAUCUUCUUGUUCUUGAUGAUAUAUGGAAUGAUGAUGUUUCGAAAUGGGAAGACUUUAUAAACUCCAUAUUGGGAGUUACUUCUACUAAUGGAAAUGGCAUUAUCAUCACCACCAGGAGUGAAAAAAAUGAAGAUUGUUGGUCUAUAAUCAAAGCCAAAACUUUUGAUGAAAAUGGUGAAGUUCCAUCACGAUUCGAGAUGAUUGGAAGAAAGAUUGCUAAAAGAUGUCAGGGUAUGCCCUUAGCUGCCAAUGUAGUCGGGGAGUGCUAUGGUAAGCCUGAAGAAGAGUGGAGCUUCAUCAAAGAAAAUUGGUUUUCAGAUGCUAAAGGAGGUGAAAAUAUCUCAAAAAUACUGAAAUUGAGCUAUGAUCACCUCUCUUCACCAUCGCUCAAUUGCCGCGGAGAUUGUAGAUUAACUAGUCUCCAAACACUACCUCACUUCAUAGUAGGCAAAGAGAAGGGCUACCAAAUUGAAGAGGUUGGAAGUUUGAAGAAUCUCAAAGGAACACUAGUGAUUCGUAAUCUAGAGAUGGUGCGUGAUAAGGAAGAGGCUCUGAAAGCAAAUAUGUUUCAGAAGCCAAACUUAUUUGAUUUGGUGUUUCAAUGGGAUAAAGGUAGAGAAGAUGAAACAAAUGAUGAGAGUGUACUGGAAGGCCUCCAACCUCAUGCUAAUCUAAAGAAGUUGGAGAUUGUCGGAUUCAAAGGAAAUGAUUUCCAACAUGGACUGAGAAGAUGGCAAUACAUGAUGGGCCUCAAGGCUCUUCGGAUUGAAGAAGGUGAGGCUCAUAAAUACUUCAUUCAAUCAGUUAACGUCACUCCAAAUAGAAGAAAUCUCACAUAUUUUGGAAUAUGCAACUGUCAUGUGUUGAGAGAAUUACCAGAUGGCUUGGACACGCUCACCUUUCUGAAGAAUUUGCUUAUUUGGGGUUGUGAGAAUCUGAAGUCGAUUGGGAAUCCAAGUGGUGGAGCAAGACAAUCAGAAGGGAUCCUCCGUGGGCUAAGAAUUAUAGAAUGCGGAGAGCUGAUGGAGUUGCCGUGUGAAAUGCUAGAGUUGUGGGCCCCUACAAUUAAGUAUCUCUCAUUGGAGAGAUUAAGGAGGCUAAAGAAUCUACCAGUGCUAAUCGACUGCCUCGCUAAAUCAUCUACUUGUCUCACACAAUUGAAAAUCAAAGGUGUUCCUAAAUUGAUGGCUGCUAGUAGUGGUAAUGUUGAGAGUUGGGAUCUUAGCAGCUUGAAAGAAUUAGAUGUAGAUGUGAGUGUGGAAUGGUCAAGAGAGGAUAGUGUUGGCAUUGCAGAGACUGUGGAAGGAAUGCUGCAGAGAUGCUGCAACUCACUUAAUAACUUACAUUUUAAGGGGUGGAAAAUUGGGCAUGGCUGCCCCAAUCAAUUCAAAAUCUCACUGUUCUUGAUUGGUUAUGGUUGGAGAAUAUAG